AUGUCUUCCUUACCGAAACAUGUUCUCGUCACGGGUGCUACUGGCUUCAUUGGUGCACAUGUUGUCGACCAGUUACUGAGUCGGGGGCUCAAAGUCCGAGGUGCAACCCGGUCACUCGCCAAAGGUCAGGCUAUGGUAGCUGCCCGCCCUAAAUACGCCUCUCAGCUGGAUUUUGUUGAGAUCAAAGACUUUGAGGAGCUUGGUGUCUUCGAAGAUGCCGUCAAGGGAAUUGAUGCGGUCAUUCAUGUCGCCAGUCCUUUUACGUAUGACACGAAAGACAACGAGAAAGAACUCAUCAUUCCAGCUAUCAAUGGCGUGCGAUCGAUUCUCGAUGCUGCAGCAAAAAGCCGUUCUGUUCGCAGGGUGGUGAUCACGUCUUCAUUCGCGGCCGUGAUGGAUGUCGACCGCAAGGCGCCGCCGUAUUUUACUUACUCAGGCCAAGACUGGAACCCUCUGACUUACGAAGAGUCGAUCGACAAAGCGACAAGUGCUGUUAUCGCUUACCGAGGAUCGAAGAAAUUUGCCGAACUUGCGGCCUGGGACUUUGUCCGUGACUUAAAGCCAACCUUUGAUAUCGUUACACUGUGUCCUCCCAUGACUUUCGGUCCGAUUGCACACCCGAUCACAAGUGUAGAGCAGUUGAACGUAUCCAACGCCAUGCUUUGGAACGUGGCUCAAGGCGAGUCACCGCUACCGGUUGCGCGCGUGCCAUUCUGGAUCGAUGUCCGCGAUCUUGCUCAGGCCCAUGUCGAGGCCCUUUUGAGAUCAGAGGCAGGGGGGAAGAGAUUUCUACCUGGUGCGCCGGAGCGGUUCUCAUAUAGCCUGGCUGCCAAGAUCGUCGAAGAUAAUUUCAGUUGGGCCAAAGGCAAGGUUGCUCGGGAGGAACAAGUGAUCGACGAGUCGCACGGCAUCGACGGCGCGACAGCGGCAAAAGAACUUGGUCUCAACUACAAGACGUUCAAACAAACCGUACAAGACCUCGUUACACAGAUUUAUAAGAUGGAAGGCUCAUCAUAG